GCCCCUCACACGGACGUCCCCCCCUUUUUUCUCCCGCGCUCGCGGAGGAGCGCACGCACAGCGCACGCCCGGGUGCUACGGGCCCGCCCCGCCAGGCGGGUACCUGCCCUGAAGACCACCAUGGCGGGCGAGCUUGCCUUCAACGCCGCCUUCAUGACCUCGGGGACCAUGCUGCCCGUCCCCAUCUUCCGAACCAGACAACCGCAGCAACAGCAGCAACGACAACGUCGACGCUCCAGCGGCCUCCCGCCCACUGCCCGGCGCUCCAAUUCCACCUCGCGAGCCGACUACCAAGGCACCCGUCGCAGGGUCGGCCAUUCGCGCACCUCCAGCGGCAGCCAGGCGAGCCGCUCAUCUCACGAGACGUUGCUGCACGACCGCCCCGCCACCAACGCGACCACCACCGCGUCGACGGCUGGGAGCUUCGAGGGCCUCAGACCAGCCGCCGGCUCGCCCAGAGUCGCAUCCGCCAAGUCUCCAUCCUCGAUGAAUCGCUCACGCUUCUCAGAAGGCGUGCAUGGCUUCGAUAUGAACGUCAAUGCCACGAGCGCCGAGUCUGUCUCGUCUGCCAGCGGUACCACCUCCGUUUCCGCCCACACGACCAUGACCUCCGACCCAGCUGCCAGCGAUGGCGCGGCCCCGCGACCCUUGGUCCUGCGCAACGGACGCACCUAUAUCCACAACAUCCCCUACCCGCUCCCCUCGGAUCUGACUGAGCUACAUCGCCAAUCGCUGCGCACGCUCCUGCUCAUCCAGCUUUUCGGCGCUCCCGUGUGCUCGCCGGCGCUCAUCAAGAAGCCGCCUCAGCGGGUGCUUGAGGUCGGCUGCGGUUCCGGCUUCUGGAGCAUGAUGUGCCACCGCUACUUCAAGGGCCGCGGCCACGGCAACAUAUCCUUCACCGGCAUCGACAUCGCGCCGCUGGCCCCCGAGGCCGGCAAGCCGGACCCGGACAUGAAGUGGCGCUUCGUCGGCUGGGAUCUACGGCAGCUCCCGUGGCCGCUGCACGACGGCGAGUUCGACCUCGUCAUGGUCAAGGACAUGAGUCUUGCCACCACGAAUAAGGUGAAUCAGGCCUUCAUCGACGAGUACCUGCGUCUGCUGCGGCCCGGCGGCACGCUGGAGAUUUGGGAAUCGGACCACCUAAUUCGCAUGCUGCGGCCGCACGUGCCUGGCUCCGCGCAGGGCGGCGGCGCCGAUGCGGACGAGCAGGAGGCUGCGGCCAGCCUCGGCGCGUAUGUCAUGUCAGCAAACACGCCGCUGUCGGCGCCGCUCAACGCAUUCCUCGUCGAGUACAACAACUGGCUGUCGCGGGCGUUGGAGAACCUGGACCUGAACGCCGUGCCCUGCACCCUUAUCGGGCCGGUGCUGCUGCAGGAGUCGGAGACGCUAGCCGAUGUGCGGUCGCGACGCCUGGCUGUGCCCCUGAGCGAGGUGCGCUGGGAGCGCGAGGGCGUCGACGUGGUCGUCACGCGCAACGGCCAGGAGGAGGGCAAGGGCAAGGGCGUCUCGGCGCAGCAAAGGACGGAGCAGCGGGCCCUCACGGCCGGGCAGCACGCGCUGCGCAAGACGGCGCUCCUGACGGUGGUGCAACAGGUUCAGGCGCUCGAGCCCAUCCUGCGCGAGGUCAGCGGCAAGAGCCAGGACGAGUGGGACGUCUGGCUCGGCAAGAUGAUGGGUGACCUGCUGAGCGACGGUGGCGCGAGCUGGGGCGAGUGCCUCGAGGUCGGCGCGUGGUGGGCCAAGAAGAGGGGCGACGACUGAGGCUUGAUGCCGCUACGAAGUCAUUUCACACAUGGACACGACACACUUUGGCCUGACGCCGUGACGAAACUCGGCUCGUUUGUUAUUGUACAACUUUUUACAGCUUUUGGCGGCCACGCCGCUACCCGUCUUCCCCUCGCUCAAGCAUCUGCGUCGUAACGCUUCCUGAGGGUGCGGUAUCGCUUCAAGUAGUAGCUGCCCGCGAGUUAGCCCAGCUGAGACUGAUUGGGGCAAUAAUCAUGGUGCCCAUUGGGGGCGUAUGUGGGUGGACGCGGGGCUGACGGGAAACGGGAUUGCAUAUCAACAAGCAUGGGUGCGUUUGAGGCGUUGCUAUAUGACAUAUGCUGCAUGGAGUCCACAUGGCGGACAAAGUGCGAGCAAACCAAGCAGGGCUUGUGUAAAUCAUUACAAUGACAACGUGAUUGAUG